AAGUUGGGGCAUGAUGACGUGCACUCUAUCUUCUCCCCUUCUUCCAUACAUGAAGCUCACCAAAUACACAACACUUUGCUUCAUUUUUUUCCUCUCAAAACACAAACCCUAAAACCCUUAAAAAAACCCAAAAUGAUUCUGCAAUCCACACUUUCACCCUCAACACCCCACUCUCUCUCCUCAAAUUUAUCAUCAUGUUCCCUCUAUUUCCCAUCUGGGUCUCGCCCCUUCAUAUCUUUCCCAAGUGUUAAACCCCUGAACCAUUCAAUUAAGUGCUCUGUUCCUCAAGUUUAUAGCCAUGAUACUCUGGACUAUGAGAAAAGACCAAUGCUAAAAUGGAACAUUGCAUAUAAGAGGAUUUCUUUGAUGAAAAACCCAGAAUUGGGGGUUGCUUCUGUGUUGAAUCAGUGUGAGAAUGAAGGCAAGAGGUUUACUAAAUGGGAACUUUGUAGGAUUGUCAGAGAACUCAGGAAGUAUAAGCGAUUCCAGCUUGCUCUUGAGGUCUAUGAAUGGAUGAGUAACAGAAUAGAGAGGUUCAGAAUAACCAGCAGUGACACAGCUAUCCAACUAGACCUAAUUGCCAAAGUUCAUGGAGUUUCAAGUGCAGAAGAUUAUUUUGGGAGGUUACCCGAUACACUAAAGGACAAUCGAAUAUUUGGGGCUCUUCUGAAUGCCUAUGCAGGGGUGAAAGAAAAAGCAAAAGCAGAGUCCUUGAUGGAGCGAAUGAGAAAUAAAGGUUACCUUAAUCACCCACUUCCUUAUAAUGUGAUGAUGACUCUUUACAUGAAACUCACCGAAUACGACCAAGUUGAGAAGCUGGUUUCUGAAAUGAAGCAGAAAAGAAUCCCACUUGAUUUAUACUCCUACAAUAUUUGGCUGUCUGCACGAGGCUCCGGUUCUGCUGAAAAUAUGGAGCAAGUUUUUGAAGAAAUGAAGUUGGAACCAACAAUUGUUCCUAAUUGGACUAGUUUCAGCACUGUAGCUUCUGUUUAUAUCAAGUUAGGGAUGCUUGAAAAAGCAGAAGAGUGCCUUAAAGACCUUGAGAUGAGAAUCACCGGACGGGACAAGAUGCCAUAUCAUUAUCUUAUAAGUCUUUAUGGUAGUUUGGGAAACAAAGAAGAGGUUUACCGUGUUUGGAACACAUAUAAAACGACUUUUCCGAAUGUUCCAAACUGGGGAUAUCAUUCUGUGAUCUCAUCACUUAUCAGGUUGGGUGACAUUGAGGGGGCUGAGAAAAUUUUCGAAGAAUGGCUUCCAAUAAAGGUUUCCUAUGACCCUAAAGUUGCGAAUCUUCUUAUGGGGUGGUAUGUUCGGGAAGAACCUUUUGAGAAAGCCAAGAGUUUCUUUGAUAGCAUGAUUAAAGGAGGAGGGAAGCCAAAUUCAGGCUCGUGGGAGAUUCUUGGAGAAGGUCAUAUGAAAGAGGGGAGGAUUUCUGAAGCAUUAUCUUGCUUCAGGGAAGCUGUAUUAGCUGAAUCUCCAAAAUUUUGGAAGCCCAAACCUAUUAAUGUAUCUGCCUUUUUAGAGCUCUGCGAAAAAGAAGGCGAUCACACCAACAAGGAGGACUUUGUUGUGUUGUUGAGGCAACUCGGUUGCUUCCGAGACGAGUUUUACAGGUCGCUUCUAGCGGAACAUGGUGGCAUGGAACUUGGCGAGGGUGAAGAAGGACAGCUAAAUAACCAAAAUGAAGACACACAGGGUGGGGAAUCUGAAUUGCUGUUUUCAAAUGCGGAGUGAUUAGUCCGUAAUUCUAUGGCAAAAGUAUGUGGUGCAUGAUGUGAAUUGUAGUGGGAGUAACGCGAUUUCAGCAGCUUCUACACGGGUAAGAUGAACUGCACCAUGAAUCAAUUACCUCUCAGGACCUCCAUUUUGUCAGGGGGAAUGCCGUUUGAAUGUGUAUCAAAAUGGUGGAAUUGUGAGCUUUCUAAAAUGAGUUGUGUGCAACAUAGCAUGAUGGAUGAUUGUGUAGUUUACUAGCUAGCCUUGUAUAUGAAUGAGCUCUUUCUUUGGUGGAGAUAUUCGACAUAAAAAGUACUGAUACAUUAGACUCCCAAGAUGAAGGAUUAGUUAAAAGUUGAUCUUAACAAUUUUGGCAAUUUAGUAGAUGUAAUUCUUUUGUCAAUGAUUUAUGUUUUGGAUUAUAAUGAAUAUAAAGGGAAAUGGCGCUUUGAUCCA